AGUACGUUUUGUCAGCGUGUGAUAGAAGGAGGUUUUCACCUGCAGUUAUUUGGAAAAUGGCGAGUUGGUGUGUUCGUGCAGUUAGACAGAGCUACUCUCUCGUAGCCUCACCGGCGAUAAUAAGAGCAUCACCUCGGUUGUUAUGUACGGCAACUCAGCAGAAGAAUGGCCAUGGGUCAGAGGAGGAGGCUGAAAGGCCGGAACAGAGUGCAGCAGAGAAAACCCUGAUAGAGGAGAAGACCCAGCUGGAGGAGCAACUCAAGGGCAUGACAGAAAAGUACAAGCGGGCCUUAGCAGACACAGAGAACCUCAGGACAAGGAGUCAGAAGAUGAUUGAAGAUGCUAAACUAUAUGGGAUCCAGGGCUUCUGUAAGGACCUGCUGGAGGUGGCGGACAUCUUGGAGAAAGCCACGGAAAGCGUGCCCAAGGAGGAAGUGACGAGCCAGAACCCUCACCUGAAGAACCUGUAUGAUGGCCUGGUGAUGACCGAGGUCCAGAUCCAGAAGGUGUUCACCAAGCAUGGCCUGGUCAAGCUCAACCCCGACGGCCAGAAGUUCGACCCCUACGAGCACGAGGCGCUCUUCCACGCCCCCGUAGAGGGCAAGGAAGCGGGCACUGUCGCCGUAGUAACCAAAGUGGGCUACAAGCUUCACGGCCGCACCCUCAGGCCAGCUUUGGUAGGUGUGGCCAAAGCCCCCUAGUAGUACCAGGGUGUGUCUGUGACCAGGUGGGACUGUUGUGUGGCCUGGGCGACCAGUGGAUGACCUCAGGUACAGCGGACUGGUCAUGGCACCCUGUCACCCUUUACCCACAGGCCUGUCCUCACACCACCCUACCCUAAGGUACUUCAGAAAGAAGGAACCAAACUGAACUUUGUAUCCAGACAAUAUCCAAACUGUUUUUAGCAGAGGACACAGUAAAAUAACAGUUUGUCAUCUGUCGUGUCAUUUCAUUCAGGAAUUGAUUAUGAUUAAGAAACUCAGCCGAUCACAGGCAGAGGCUCCACCUGAAACCUGCAUCUGAACUGGAAGAGAAAACAAGUGGUCAAACUGUAAUAUAACACGUCUUUUGGGUGAGCUGUGACGUAAAACAGUCAGUAAAAAGCACCAGAACAGGCUUAGUUUGUUUCUACAGUAAUGUUUGAGAUGUUCACGUUCAGCUGCUGAUAUCAUUCCGGAAGAAGUUUAAAUAAGAAUCUUGAAUUUGUCUGUUUUCUUUUUGUGAGUUUAAUUCAUCGUGUGAAGAAAGAAGAGUGCAGCAGAAACAUCCAACAGUUCAUAUGUUGUUCUAUUCUGAAACACCUUUCCUCAGGAGGCUGCUUCUUGACAGCGUGGAGUCGAGCCACAGUUUGACUCAGUGGCACCGAAGAGUAACAAGUUUAUCUGUUAAACAUUAUUAUGUGGACCUUUGUCCCAACUGACAGUGUCAGAAUAAACUGAGUCACUUUCACAGG